AUGAUGGCACCUACGAGUGCACAUCAAUCGCGACGGGCCAAUGACAAUACAACCAACAACCCGCGCCCCCGCAGCACUCGCCGAAACGAAGGUCUCACUUCGCACGCCUCCCACAGUGCCACCGCCAUGACGACCAAGAGCAGUCGGAUAGGGCAUUAUGAGCUCGGCAAAAAACUUGGAGAAGGCGCCUUUGGCGCCGUGGCCAUCAAGUGUGUCGAUCGAAAGGAGCUAGCCAGCGAUUAUGAACAGAAAGCCCUCACACGCGAAAUAUCCAUCCUCCAACGCAUCGCGCACUCCAAUUGCGUGCAGUUGUUUGAAGUGAUUGAGGUCCAAACCAAGGUCUACAUCGUCAUGGAAAUGGCCGUCAAAGACCUUCUCUCGGUUGUCGUGGAGGCGCAACGUCUACCCGAGUCUCGCGCGCGCAAAUACACCCGGGACCUGAUUGCUGCGAUCGGCCACAUUCACAGCCUAAACAUUGUACAUCGCGAUAUCAAGCUUGAGAACCUUCUAAUUUCCCACAAUGACCGACUCUUGCUCAUCGACUUUGGCUUGAGCAGCAGUUUUGAGGAAGGCAAGGGUCUGACGACGUGGUGUGGCAGCAUGGCCUACAGUGCCCCUGAACUUCUGGGUCAAAAGCCCUAUGGCCCGGCCGUCGAUGUUUGGGGCAUUGGUGUUACCCUGUACGUCAUGCUCUUUGGCAACCUGCCUUUUGUAGCAGACGGUCUGACCCAGUUGCAUGCCGCCAUUCUUGACAAGACAUACAAGUUACCCGAGGACUGCGACCCUCUUUUACGAGAUAUCUUGGAUGGCAUCUUUGAGUUUCGCCCAAAGAAGCGCAUGGCUUUGCCAGCGGUUGCUAAGCAUGCGUGGAUCUGUCGCGAAGGACCACCUGUGGCCCUAGAUCAAGCGCGCCCUCCCUUGGCCAAUGAUACGCUCAACAAGCAGGCACUUGACCUCCUCUCCAAUAUGGGCUUUGGGACGGUGCAGGCCAUAUCCGACAAACUCCUCGAAGAAAGUUUUACCAGCGUUCACGGCGCAUACUACAUGGCCAUCAAACACCUGAAACGCCCACAACGACCCGUCUUCCGGACUUCGUCCACUCCCAACCUCAGUGUGCUGGACGAUACCACAAGUCCGAGUCGGGAUCGCACCCGGUCACCCUCUCGACCCCUGGCUGGACGCCCCAAGGGUCGGUCGCGCAGCAUGCGAGGGCGCUUGCAACAAAACUCCCCCAAUGCCUCCAAAACCUCCUACACAACGCGAAACGCACAAUCUGUGGAUCGUAAGAGCAACAGCGUGCACGAAGGCCGUGCCAAGGAGCACCUCAGGGUUCCACUUACUGACAUGCCCAUGCGUCGAUCAGCCAGCGUGGAUGCGCUCAAAAUGGUUGAUAAACAUGAACACAGUCCAGAUGGAACUGAUUCAGACCUUUUAAACGACUCCACUGAUUCAAUUCACCCAGAGCAGGAGCACACCCCUGAGCGUAAAAGCCACCUUAACAACGGAGUAUCUGUUGUUCCACAUACGCCUGCAGGUGCUGGGCGCCAUCCUCGCAGCGAAACGUCAGGUUCCCCCUCGAGCUUGCAUCGUAACAAGAGCCCACAGCCGGGCAUGUCUCGCAGCAUUCAUGGCAGUCGACCGGCUCGUAGCUAUCCUGCUUCACCGGCCUUGAAUCGAAGUGCGCCCACACCUCGACGCGACUCUGGGUCAGGCAUGUCGGACAAUGGGCGUGCCGUUCAACAGAGCCUGCAACGUCUGAUCAACGUUCUUCAAAUGACUCAUGACGAUGAUUACGAUGUUGACGUAGUCAACGAGUUGUUGUACAGUCUACUUGCCAGUGCAGGUGCAAGCGCCGACCAGCUGCGGAUGGAGCUGGAGACAAUGCACUGGCGCAAUGGUUUUGAUCAUCACACGGCCCCCAUGAUCUCUGAACUCAUGGACUGGGCAGAUCAUCAUUUACACAAAACUGCCAGCUCACCGGGUCGGGCACUGCAGCUGGCCACCCAUCGAGUGGAUCAGUCCAGCUCAUUCAAGCCAGUGCCUACCGAUGCAGAUCCGGAAAUGGAUGAACUUCUUCAACGCGCCCGUGCAUUGCAUAUGCGCCAUGCCCGACAAGGCGACGGUCUGGUUCUUCCCCCGCUCCAUCCCCACUCGCAUGCCUCGGCAACCCUAUCUCGAGAGGCCUCGCCCGCUCGUGGCGAUGCUACAGCCAUGUAUACUCCAAGUGAUCUUAAACAGCCGUGUAUAUCCCAAGUGGUCUCAUCUCAUCUGACCAAGCACACAGAGACAGAGACAGAGACAGCGAACAGACAGAAACAGAGAGAGUCCACACACACACACACACACACACACACACACCCCCCAAUCUCCAAAUUUUUCCGACACAACAAAAGAAAGAACAAGCAGUUUCUUGUUUGGAGGUGUAACGAAGAAGAAAAAAACUUCAACUUCAACUUCAACAUGAGCGUGUGUCUGGUGACGGGUGCCAGUGGCUACAUUGCCAGCCACUUGGUGGAGCAGCUUCUGGCCAAGGGCCAUCGUGUGCGCGGAACUGUUCGUGAUGCCAAGAACCAAGACAAGGUGGCGCAUCUCAAGGCCCUGCCCCAUGCCAAUGAGCGCUUGGAACUGGUGGAGGCUGAUUUGUUGAACCCCGAGUCUCUCAAGGCGGCUGCUCAGGGUUGUACGGUCUGUUUCCACACGGCCAGCCCUUUUUACAAUUCUACAACGGACAAGGAUGCUCUGGUCAAGCCCGCCGUCGAAGGCACCAUCGCUACGCUGGAUGCCUGCGAAGCGGCCAACAUCCACGAGAUCAUUCUGACAUCCUCGACCGCCUCGGUUUUCGCCAAGAAAGUCGAAGAGGGUCAUACCUUUACGGAGGAGGAUUGGAGUGAUGUUGACAUGAUGGAUGAAAACAAGCUUUACUACCCCUUGUCCAAGACGCUCGCGGAGAAGGCCGCCUGGGAGUGGAUUGAAAAGGCGAACGCGCGCAGCCCGGAUAACACGUUCCGUUUGGCAGUGAUGAACCCCACUCUUGUCAUUGGUCCCAUGCUGCAGCCUUCAAUGAAUACCUCCUCGCAAGUGCUGGCCGACUUUUUGACAGGGGCCCACAAGGUGGUGCCAAGUGGCUUCAUCACUCUCGUCGAUGUCCGCGAUGUGGCUGCAGCGCACGUUGCCGCAUACGAGAACAAGCAGGCCACCGGCCGCUACUUGUUGAUCGCGGACUGCCCUGCCUGGCGAGAUCUGAUGCCCGUCAUGCGUGAUGCCAUGAAGGACACGGCACAUGUGCAACAUCUGCCGACGGAGAUUGGUGAUCCGGCCACGGAACCCAAGAGCCGGUAUAACGGCGCCAAGCGCGGCUUUUCCAGUGACAAGGCGCGCUCGCUUCCCCUGACCUUCAGGAGCACUGAGGAAUCCGUCCGCGACCAUCUGCUGAGUGCACCCUUCCGUGCUCAGCUGGACAACCUCAACAAACCAACGCAGCAGCCGCUGCCGAGCCGGUGGUCAUUGGCCGGGCGUACGGCCGUGGUGACCGGAGGCACCAAGGGCAUUGGACGGGCCGUAUGUGAAGAACUCCUCCAGCUGGGUGCUACGGUUUUGGCAUCCGCUCGCACAUCGUCCGAUGUGGACGAGACGGUGGACGCCUGGCGGCAGCAGUAUGGCAAAACGCGAGUGUAUGGUUGUGCUGCCGAUUUGAGCACACCUCAAGGACGCGAGACCCUCGUGACUACCGUGCAAAGCACGUUUCCUCAAGGUUUACACGUCCUAGUUAAUAAUGCGGGCAUGAACAUUCGCAAGCUCACCCCGGCGUACAGCGACGAGGAAGUGGAUCAGGUGUUGCAUACCAACAUGCUGUCCUUCUUCCACGUGACGCGCCAGCUCCACGGCUUGCUCGCACGAGCACAAAGCAGUGCCGUUGUACUUAUGGGCUCUGUUGCUGGCCUCACGGGCGUCCGGUCUGGCGUACCAUACGCCAUGACCAAGGCCGCCAUGACGCAGGCAGCCCGAAACUGGGCCUGCGAGUGGGCUAAGGAUGGCAUCCGUGUCAACUGCAUUGCUCCCUGGUAUAUUGCGACACCUUUGGCGCAGCAAGUGCUACAGAAUCCCGAAUACAAAGCUGAAGUUGUUGGUCGGACCCCCAUGGGCCGGGUGGGCGAGGUGGGCGAGGUGGCCACGGCGACCGCCUUCCUUUGCAUGCCAGCCAGUAGUUACAUCACCGGCCAGACUCUCAGCAUUAGCGCGCUGUGUCGCAUGGUGCGGCCGGCUGAGCUGGCGCUGCAGUUUAAUGUCGAGCCGCAAACGCGGAUUCGGGGCUUUGUGGUCGUCGGCCACGACCAGCGCCGGCUCGGCAUCAACGCCAACGCCGACGUGGUGAUUCUCGUACAUCCUGAUGCUGAAGGCGUCUUCUAUGCCAGUGCCAACCGCAUUCGUGCCGAACCCGGCCCGCCCUCGGAGCGUGCCCUCAAGUUGGCCGACCGCGUUAUCGCCGAGGGCAGGGCCGUCAUGCCCGCCAUCACAGACUCACCAGCCGCGACACCGGCAUAUAGCCGCCGCAGCUCGACACUGACAACUUCAGUGCCACCAUCGCGUAUGGCUACGCCGCGACCGGCCACGCACUCCCAAGUCCUCAAGGACGCUGCUGUCGCUGCUGCGGCCGGUGUUCGCCGGCCACAGCCUGUCAAUCUUGGCGAACUAGACAUUGAGGACGACAGUCAGCCUGAUACACCUGCGCUACGUCUACCGCAGGCUGCGCCUGAUGAAGUGUGUGCCUUUGAAGGAUGGGGCACUGCUCACGAACAUCUGAACGGACCCAAGCUACUGCGCGAGCCUCGCGUCAAUCUAUCCAGUGAUUUUCGUCCCCAAGCCCUGUUCUCCGCCUUCUUCCCCCCCAAGGCCCUGGACCGUAUGGUCCGAGCAACAAAUGCUGCUGCGCCUACCCUGCGUCUGGAACGGGAAGAACUGCUGUGCUUCUUUGGUUUUCACAUGGUAGCUGCCACUCUGGCCUCCCCUACCGAGGAGUGCUGGCGCCGAACACAUAACAAAUAUGACCUGAUACCGCCUUUUAUUGAUGCCAUGUCGUUAAAUCGCUUUCGUGACAUUGCCGCCCACUUGAAACUGACUGAUGCUUCAGACAACCCCAACGAACCGGAUCCUUACCAUGGCGUGCGCGAACUUGUUACCGACUGGAACGAGCGCAUGGCCGAUGUGUACGAUCCGUCAGGCCUGGCAGCUGUAUUUGAGGCGCCAACAGUGCACCACUGCGACAGCAUUCCUGACGCUGUUGCAGCACGCCAGUGCCCACUGCCCCUAGGCCACGAGUAUCAUGGCAUCUGCGACGCUGAUACAGGCGUGACAUUUGCUUUGGAAAUUGAGGAAGGACCGCAUCGCCCACUGCGCCUGGGUCGGCGGCCCUUUGAUGCAACGCAUCCGAGCGUCACCGCCCUCCUCCUGCGCCUCACGACCACCAUUCAAGGUGCCGAGCGUGCAGUGGUCCUGGGUCCAUCCUUGUGCUCGCUGGAGGCCAUGGUGGACUUGCAUCGCCACGGGAUCCACGCUGUCACUGCCGCAAAGAAGCGCCCCGGCUGGCCGCGUCACGUGCCCGGCGAAGAAGUCACGGCACAUCUAGCACAAUGUGUGCCAGGCAAGGUUCAAAGUCGUGCUGGUCGCCUUCAGGGCGUACCCUUGCAACUCUUCGCCGCCAACCAUGUAACGCAUAACCUGCUCGUGGUGGCCUCGUACGGCACUCCAGACCCGUGCUCGUCACACGUUAUGUGGACUGCUCAGGGCCAGCGUUUCGUGGCCCAUCGCACCAACGCCAUGCAUGACUACUACCGUGGUCGGCAAGCAUGUGUUGACCAGCGCAAGCUCUGUCGGGAAAUGUGCGAGGCUCUGGAGCGCAGUUGGGUCCCCCAGGAUUGGGCCACGCGCCAGCUUGUUUUCCUCCUCUCCCUCACCUUAGUCAAUGGCAUGUGUCGCUUCAACAAGAUGCUCACGUCCAGGCGCAAUCCCAAUGGUGUGGUCUCCGUUGCACAUUUCUGCCAGGCCGUGGGUGCGGCUCUGAUUGCCGAGUGGGAGGAGCGCUCCGAAAAUCGCCCUCUCGUUGCCGAUUUUUUGGCUCCCCGUACGCCCAUAGCACUAAAAACUUCGACACAGCUGCCCAGACCGGACCUGGCAUCCUCGGGGCAGCCGACGCAAACGGGAUCGCCGAUGCUGCAGCGAACUGCGACUCCUAUGGAGGUCGCAAGCCCGGCCACAGUUGUGGCCACUCCCGACCCAAUGCCAGAAGCCCCGAGUGCGCUGGCUACACCAGAGCGGCAGGCUGCACCGGGCCAGGGCGCGACGGAACAUGGACAGGAGCAUUACUUAAUUAAGCUGCCUUUGUACGAGGCGUACAAGCCCGGCAAGCGUGAUCCAGCGGGUGGGGACCAGCAGCACCAUGUCGAGCUACGGGUACGAUCGUCGGCGCGGCGACCGGCGCGAUGACCGGCGCGGCGACCGGCGCGAUGACCGGCGCGAUGACCGACGCGAUGAUCGACACCGGGGCGAGCACCGAGGUGGACAUCACGGAGAGUACCGUGACUUCCAAGACGGCCGUGACGGCCGGGGUCAUGGUGGCCAUGGUAGAUAUGAUGCUCCCGGUGGCCCCGGUGGCUAUGGUGAUCGCGGCGACCCUCGUGGUGGGCGCGGCGGCUUUCGCGGCGGAUACGGCCGGGACGGACCUCCAGGCCCACCGCGGGACAUGGACCGACGAGGCCCUCCUGGCGGCAGCGGUCGCGGGUUCGGACGCGGUGGGGGACGUGGCGGCGGACGUGGUGGCGGACCGGGUGGAGAGCAUGCUGGAGACUGGAUUUGCCCCAACGCUGAGUGCAGCAAUAAGAACUUUGCACGCCGAAUGGAGUGUCAGCGAUGCCACACCGCUCGUCCAAUGUCUGCUCGACCCAAAGGCAACGUGGUCAUUGGCGAGUCGGCUGCUCGCGGCAGCAACGGUCUCUUCAAACCCACGGAUUGGCAGUGUGCCAAGUGUGGCAACGUCAAUUGGCAAUCUCGUUCACGAUGCAACAUUUGUCAGUGGCCUCGGGAAGGCAAAGUGGAAGUGCGCGACGGCUUGGGGGGUGGAUUCAAGGAAAAUGCUGACGUAGAGUAUGACCGGCACGAUUCCGAUUCAGAAAUGUACGACGACUUUGGCCGCUUGAAGAAAAAGUAUCGUGGCCAGAACGAGGGCAAAUCACUUGUGCGCGAGGUGGUUGGUGAAGAUCAGGGACAGACCACAUCAAGCAUCGGGGCUGGGGACAGCGCGGUCGCUUCCGCAAGGGCGCGCGAGGAAGAGGAAGAGGAAGAGGAUGAUGAGGAUGUGGAUGUGUCCAAGUAUCAGUUGGAUGGUGACGAAGAGGAAGAGGACGACGAUGAAGAUGUUGACUUGUCCAAGUACGAGUUGUAAACCAUCAAGACUGCCGACACAAGUUUCUGUUCCUGGGCACGGCCUGCUUGCCUGUCGGGUGAAGUGGUUGCUUAACCUAGGUUUCAUGAUCAGAAUUCUAAAAUGCCUUUGCCUGACAUUCAAACUGACAUUCAAAAGGGGUGAGCUGUCUCAACUCAAUUCAGGAUCAGGGCGUGAUUAGCGCGCUGCGCCACCAAUUUAUAGCACU